CCAGCAGCGCUGCUGUCCCCGCCGUGCGCACCUGUCUUCGCCGCAGCUCGCAGCCUCUCCCGCUCCACCUCGAGGGUCCCGGAGCCAGCGGCUCGCGAGGGCGGCAGAGGGCAAGCCUAGGGCAGGCUCUGUCCAGGCCGGCGCAGGAGGCACAGUCCGUGAGGGUCGAGCACUGCGGCCACCAUGGUAGCCACGUGCCUGCAGGUGGUGGGCUUCGUCACGAGCUUCGUGGGUUGGAUCGGCAUCAUUGUCACCACGUCUACCAAUGACUGGGUGGUGACCUGCAGCUACACCAUCCCCACCUGCCGAAAAAUGGACGAACUGGGCUCCAAGGGGUUGUGGGCCGACUGCGUCAUGGCCACUGGUCUCUACCACUGCAAGCCCUUGGUGGACAUCCUCAUCCUCCCGGGCUACGUGCAGGCUUGCAGAGCCCUCAUGAUUGCUGCUUCAGUUCUGGGUCUGCCAGCCAUCCUUCUGUUGCUGACGGUUCUUCCCUGCAUCCGCAUGGGCCACGAGCCUGGAGUGGCCAAGUACAGGCGAGCCCAGCUGGCCGGGGUGCUCCUCAUCCUGCUGGCUCUCUGCGCCAUUGUCGCCACCAUCUGGUUCCCUGUCUGCGCCCACCGUGAGAUCACCAUCGUGAGCUUUGGCUACUCGCUGUACGCAGGCUGGAUCGGAGCUGUGCUGUGCCUGGUGGGUGGCUGCGUCAUCGUCUGCUGCUCCGGGGACGCACAGGCAUUUGGAGAAAACCGUUUCUAUUACUCCUCUGGCUCCAGCUCGCCAACGCAUGCCAAGAGUGCCCACGUAUAAGAGGGCUGCUCCGCUGCCCACCGAGGUGCUGGGCCUGGGGCCCUGGGUUUCCUCCGUAGUGGGGAGAAGCCCAUUUCUCUGCCGGGCACUGAAGCCAAAGGUGUAGAAAGUGUCCCGCCUGGCGGUUUGCAGUCCUAACAACCCAUCCGCCCCACCACUUCUUGGUUCUUAAAAGAAAUCUCUAGCUCAGAUAAUGCCCACAUAGUUUUCUCCUGGUGUUGACCGCUUUUAGCUCUUUCCUUGGGCAUUCCAUUGUUGUUGAUUAAAAAAAUAUUUUGUUUCUUUCUUAAAUUCAAAUAUCUUGGGAACAUUGCUGACUUGGGUGUGGAUUGGGAGAGAGAUAAAAGACACUUUUCAAACGGUUACUGAUGACAAUGGAGGCCUCAUAGAGACACAGCUGUUUUUUCUUCCCCCUUGAGUUUCAAGGUCACUUGCAUAUAAGAGAUAGAAAAUGGGAACACGGGUGGGAGGGACUCCUGAACGUUCUCUCUGCGGGAAUGCUUCCCUUUUAUAAGUUGUGGGGUCAGGACUUUUUUUUUAGUUUGUGAUUUUACAUUUAUCUGUACAUACUUUUUCAAGAUCGAUCAUUUUUAUAACCAUGGGUUUCCUGAAAUUUUCAACUCACCAAUAUGAAGGAAAUGAACCACACAGAUUUUAAUAUGCAGUAAGUAACAGUACGAAGAUUAUAACUUUAACUGCCCGUCCACGAUUUCCAGGUUUGUAUGCUGUAGGUUUUAGUUCUACAGUUGUGUAUGCUUCAAAUUAACACCUUUUAAAAGCUUUUCUCGCCCUCUACCUCUGUCUCCAUUCUGUCAGCGAUCUUGAAGCGAUGCUGUUUAACAUAGAUUGUACUGUUGAAUUUGGCUAAACACUGAUGGUCUGUCGGGAUCCGAGACUCUAGACACCCCACACAGGCUUGGUGCAUUUUGUUAAGGUAAAAUCUGUGCAAUAAAAUAACAAAGUGUCUCCCAAA